AUGGGAGCGCAGUGCACAAAGAACGCAGCGGUGCGCCCCACUUCAGCAGCAGCUGCUGCUGCUCCUCGUGCAGAUUCUUCUGCUGCCCCUUCGCCUGCUGCUGGGUGUAGUGACGAUGUUGCUCACGGGGAGGUGCAGCACCAGCACCAACAGCAGCAGCAGCAGCAGCUUCCAGCAUAUCAGCAGCAGCAGGAGCAGCAGCUGCUGCGCGAGCAGCGGCUGCGGCUGCAGCCAGAGAGGCAGCAGCAGCUGCUGCUGCAGUCAGGAGCGAGUGUCUUUAGUGAGGUAGGGGCUUCUGCUAUGGGGGCAACGGGAUCCUCUACCCAGGGAGCAGCAGCAGCAGGCGCUGCUGCUGCUGCUGCUGCUGCUCGACAGCAGGGUGGUCCUGGGGGUGUCCAGGGGUGGGCUGACGGGCCUGGUGCGGAAGGCAGCAGCAGCAACAGCAGCAGCAGCAGCAGAGGGCAGCGAGGUCAGCUGCAUAUGUACCCGGGAGGAGACCCUAUGUCCUCAGCAGCAGCAGCAGGGGAUCCUGCAGCAGCAGAAGCAGCAGCAGCAGCUGCUGCUGCUGCUGGUGCUGCUCGAGGAAGAGGGAGGACGCGAGGCCAUGUCUGCAGGGAGCGGCAUUCCUUUGAGGUUGCUCCCUGCGGAGCAGCAGCAGCAGCAGCAGCAGGACGGGACAGCAAUCAGCGACCUUCGUGUGCUGCUCUACAUCGUGAAGAUGCUGCUGCUGCUGCUGCUGCAACAGCAGCAACAACAACUGCUGCUGGGGGAGCAGCAGCAACAGCAGCAGCAGCACCUGGUCGGCAGUGCAGCGGCUGCAGCAACUGUAGCAGCACACAUAUGGAGAUGCAGCGUGUUACAGGCAUCAGCAGCAGCAGCAACAACAACACAACCAACCCCAACAACAACAACAACAACAGCAGCAGCAACAGCAGCAGCAGCAGCAGCAGCAGCUAUGAAGAAUAUGAGCAGCAGCUACUCAUGGAGUCCUCCCUUGUUGGCUCCUUCUUAAUGCUGCCAUGGAGCGAAGAAGACAAAGACAUACGCAGCAAUUUUUAUUUAGAUUGUGAUCCUCCAGACAGCAGCAGCAGCAGCAGCAGCAGCAGUACUUGCUGCUCUGCUGCUGCUGCUAAUGCUAAUGCUAUACAGACACAACCCGUUGCUAUACAUAGUAGGGUACCUCCUCCUAGUGCUGCUGCAUCACUACCUGCAGCAGCAGGAUCUGCUGCUGCUGUUGGUGGUCGAUCUAUGGACCAGCAGCAUAUGCAGUAUCUGCAGCAACUGCAGCAGCAGCAGCAGCAGCAAGCAAAGCAGCGGGAAAGACGCAUGCAGAUGGAUUCAGGAUCUGCUGGUUUAUAUAUAACAGAUGGUUGCUGCGGAGGCAGCAGCUCUGCUGCUGCAGAUGCAUCUGCAGCAGGAAGAACAGGAGGAGGAGGAGGAGGAGGAGGAGUAUUAGGUGCAGCAGCAGCAGCUGCAGCAGCAGGAGGUACAGCAGCAGCAGUAGCAGCAGCAGCAGCAGCAAGUGUAUCCUUAGGAUGGGAAAAUGGUAAAUGGACAGACCCCGAGGGCUUCCUAACUUUGUCAGAAAAACAGCAGCAAAAAUUUUAUGCAUGGAGAAGGAUUGGGGAUGCAUUGAAGCAGCAGCAGCAGCAGCAGCAGCAGCAGCAGCAGCAGCAGCAACUGCAGCAGCAGCAACAACAACAACAACAAAUCCAACAACAACAACAACAACAACAACAACAACAUCAAUCACACCACCACCACCAACAACACCAACAACAACAACAACAGCAGCAACAGCAGCAGCAGCAGCAGGAGCAGCAGCAACUGCUGCAGCCCGAGGUAUUAUUAGAUUUACCAUGUAGUCGUAGUAUACGUCAAGGAUUUGUUGGUGAUUGUUCUUUCUUAGCAUCAUUAGCUGUCCUUGCUGACUACGAGAGGAGACACAAUGUACCUGUUGUAUCUAGUCUUAUACAUCCACAGAGGCGUAUACUACCUAUUAACAGCAGCAGCAGCAGCAGCAGCAGUAGUAGUAGUAUUAAUAGCAGCAGCAGCAGCAGCAAUAGCAGCAGUAUACGUAGUCGGAGUCGUAGUCGACGAGGUUCUGGAUAUGAUGAUGGAUGUGGGAUCGGGAUCGGUUCGAGUGGUGGUGGGAUCGGGAUCGGGAUCGGGAUCGGGAUCGAUCCCACCCCACAAAAAAUGGAUCCCAUAGAUGGGAUCGGGAUCGAUCCCGAUCCCGAUCCCGAUCCCCAAAACAUAUAUAGUAUAGAAAAAAAGAUAAAAAAAAAUAAAAAAAAAAAUAAUAAUAUAAAAUAUUAUCCUGUAUAUAAUCCUCGUGGUAUAUAUGGUAUAAAAUUAUAUUUUAAUGGUAUAGCACGUAAGGUAUUAGUAGAUGAUUAUUUACCAUGUAGGAAGGAUGGUAAGUUAUUAUGUGCUCAUUCUUAUUAUAUAAAUGAGUUAUGGGUAUCUUUAUUAGAAAAAGCAUUUGUUAAAUUAAUGGGGGGAUCGUACUCGAUCCAGGGAUCGAAUCCAGGUGCAGAUCUAUAUCAUCUAACGGGUUGGUUACCGGAGACUAUACCCUUUCGUAGUGAUGUACAUAGUGGUGCCCCAUCUACUCAUACACCAAUUGUUACAGGGGGAGAGACAGAAGAAAUUAUUCAUCAACAAAGACAGAACCCUACUUGGGAACUUGUUUGGUUCCAACUUAAUAGGUAA